AGUUGCCGUUGCGUCAAUUUGACACCCGUGAACAUCUAGACUUUAGCCAAUCUUCGGUCAGCGACCUAUGGUUUUUACCACGUUUUUACCAAGAGUGCUUAGAAAAAUACUCAAAAUCAGUUAAAAUAUGAUUUGGAAAUUGAAGUACAUUUACUACGGGAUGCUGGUAAAACUUGUAUUUUAACGAAGCAGCGACAUAGAAAUGGCCUUGUCAAGCGAGCUUUUGUUGCGUUUGGACGCGGAUGCGGAACCGCUGCCAAAACGGCUGAAACUGGCUGAGAACGCAUUUUGCAGCACUGAUCUGCCGAUAAAUCAUAAAGAAGAUUUGAUAGUCAAAUGGCUGUGCAAAGUAGCACCCACAGAAUUGAUAGUUUGGAAGAGUUUGAGACUUUGUGUUUACUGUCAAACUGACAACAGAACCACUCUAAAUCUCGAAACGAAAACGAAACUGGUUGAAACUCUAACAAACCAACUGAACUUCAAGGAGGAAAAUAUUCCUGAUGAGAUGCUCGAUUGCUGCAUUUGGAUUUUGACAAACCCUAAAAUGCAGCAUUACUUCCAGAACGUACUGAGUAAAUUCGGACGUUUUUUGCAAUGUCUACUCAUCAGAAUUAGGGUAGAGAACUUUAAACAGGCAGCUACUAAUGAUGAUGUGCCUGACCGAAGCAGCCUUGUCUUGUCAGAAGUUAGACAAGCUUGUGUCUUGAAUUCCAUUGAUAGUUUAAUUCAGGUGCAUAAACACCAUUCCGAUAAAAAUCAGGUGGCUGAAACUUUUUUGGACUAUGUUUUGAGUCCACUCUGCGCCCUAAUAGAUCCUACCUGCACGGACAACUCUAAUAGGAUUGGAGCAGAAACGCAUAAAUGUAUACAACAAAUAUUGUUUGGCAAAGCAAGGUACAACGAGUACAAAGAAUAUAGUUCCGGAAUAGGAAAUGGAUGUUUACCUGUAAAAUUAUUCACCACACUUACCCAACUCCUUGCUAAAAUGGGUUCUGAUGAUGUUUCGGUUAUGUUGAGUUACGUCUUCCGUGCUGCAGUUGGCUCCUAUAAAACAGACGGUGAACUGAUAGACAGCUUCUUCAGAAGCUUUGUAAAUUCUGCGGGUAAUCUAAAAACUGUAGUAUCAAAUUACCUGAUUAAUUAUCUGACUGACAUUCAUCUGGAGUUUGGUAACAAGAUUGACAAUCUAACUCUGAUGGAAUUUCUUACCAGCUUAAUUGACGAGAUUCUUUCAAAAGAAGAAAGGUUGAGUCGUAAGGAUUAUGAUCUGUUGCGCAAUGUUACCAACUUGAAUCCGCUGGUUGUAGAAAGUAAAUUACCAACCAUCUUCCGGAGAAUACUCCUCGAAGCUAGAUCAUCAAGGUCUGAAGAGCAGUCCUACGUUAUGUUCCUGAUUAGCGCCGUGGAUGCAAGCUCGCGUCUGAGGCGUGAACAAAAAUUGAUUCCAUGGCUUCUGCUGGCUCUUAACACAGCUCUCCAGGAAAAUAAAAAGUCCUGUCUAUUACCAGCAGAAGUUUUCCCUACCCACUUCACUUCCAAAUUCACAAGUCUUGCUAGCGGUUUGCAUAGCCCGCAAGUUACAGCUAUGCUCAAGUCGCUGAGUUACCACUUAAAAUCAAACUGUGUCGAUGAAUUUAAUAUCAACUCUGCAGGUCAGGUUACCCUGAUGACAGAAUGUACAGUCCUAUUAAUGGUUUCAUUUUUUAAUGGUAUUCGGAUAUUUGAACACAACAUACCUCUUCCCAUGCAAAAAAAAUUUACCAGUGCAUUAAGUGAACUGGGUGACAUACUUUCUACUCUAAGCAAAAAGAUUUCGAAUACCACAUAUAAUGGUAGGAUGACGAUUAUCUUGUUGGAAGCUGCUCUGUCAUGGAGCAGAGUAUGGAGUCUACUGGCUUUCUACGCCCCAAAAUCGGGCGCGGAAAAUAUGCCUUUCCCAAUUUCAGAGGAUGACUUGCAGCAUGUGAUCCAAAGGGUCGAGAACUUUGGAGAUACGGGCUGCAAAGAAGCCCUGAACAAAUUUUCACUGCACCGAACAAAAAUAAAUCUGAUUCGUGAACCCCAGGCAAGGUUGACUGGUCUUGUCGGCGAGAUGCAAAAUUUUUGGUUACUUAUUCUUCAGGAUUAUCCAGAGCUUGUUUCAUUAUUAACCCUUGAUCAGCUAAUGCAGCUGACCUCGUUCUUUUUGGCACAGAUGAUCACACACAGUGAAAGCAGCUUCCAAAAGUUACAAGAUUUAUUGAGGCAAGAAACUCUAGAAGAAAAUAAAAGAUUCGUUAUUGUGAUACUCUGCCAAAUUUUUAUUGAAAUUGGAUCAUUAGCUAAACAAAACAUGACUACGGAUAUAGUCGCACGAAUUAAUAUUGUAAACAUAUUGGAAGCUGAGAGUGAUGAUGCUAUUCCAGCAUUGGAUUCCAAUAAACUGAUUAAGGAUGUUCCAGUAUUAUCAACUCUGCAUAAAGAUGAGAUGUACAGGAUAGAGAAAUAUUUACAUGCCUUACUGUGUCUACCUAUCAGGCAUCUUGGUAUUUCACUAAGGACAAUGACGUUUGUAAUUACUUACGUUAUUGAAAGAUCAUGUCAACAUCAUGAAAGAAUUAAAACCUUAUGCAACAACAUAUUAUUUGAAAGUCUAGAAGAAGGUGGGCUGAAUGUUUUGGAGUACAUUGAUUUGGACUCAUUGGUACCUAAUCUUCCCAGAAACAAAGUUUUACAAAAAGCGUUCGAAUUAUCAUUGCGCAAUGUAAAGACGUUAUCAGGAUCUCCGACUUUACUUACACUUAGUAGCUGUCCAGACGAAUCAAUUUCAACAGUUUUAUCAUGUAUCGAAAAUGUCAAACAAAAAACAAAUAAGACAGUAAAACUUACUCUGGAUAAAGUUGAAAAGAAACUGGGCAAGCGAGCUUUGAAAACAUGUAACGAAAAUAUAGAAUCUGCUGAAGAAGUCAAGAAAAUUACCAUGGCAUUAAAAAUUUCCCUUGGAAAAAACAGUGUCAAAGAAAAUCUUAAAAAAUCGGUUAGCUCAAUGCUCCGAUCCGCCUUUAUGAAUGGUGUGGAUGUAAGUUCAAAAGAAGAAAAUUACAACAAUGAUAGAGAGGACUUCAUUGAAAAAGCUUUAGAAUUGGCAAUCAUCGCCUUGCAACAUAGGUCAUAUUUAGAGUUACCAGACGAAAUUGUUGCAGGCAUUUGGAGUACUGUUUUAAAAUAUCCACAAACAAAACUACUAACCAUCUUGCUGGAGGCUACAACUCCGAAAGUAUUCAACGAAGUUUUAAUGUCCCUCCACAGGCAGACUGAAAUGGAAUUGUAUGAGCCUGAUGCGAUAAAAUUGAACAAUACACUUGUUAUUUGGAAUUGCAUUGAGAUGUCAGACAUGGGAACAAGUCGAAAUAAAUCUCGACAGCACGCUACGCGAAAGCUGAUGCGGAUGCUGCUGAUACUUGAGAUAAGAACUGAGCACUGGCCCGAUGUGUUAAAAUUGCUACAAGUGAUCGUUAACUCAAAGCAUAUGCAGCUAUUUGGUGAAUUUAUCGACAUGAUAAUAUCGAUAGCUACCAGGUCAAUAAGAGAAGGAAAUAGCUUGCUUGAAUGCGACAAUGUAUUAAUACUUUGCCUGAGCUUAUUAAGAUCCAGAGUUGAAAUGAUGACUGACAGACUCCCGCUACUAUUGCAGCUUUUCAGACAAGCUGUUACCUUUGUAUCCUCCCAAGCUAAAAAAGAAAGUACAGCAAAUAGUCAUUUAUUGGGACUAUGCGCUCUUAACGUUGAAAAAGUUACCAGUGCCUUAUGCAAAUUGAAAAGGCAUAUGGAAAGGCUCAGCCCUUACUUAAUUUCUGAUAUGGUAGAUGUUUUUGCAAAAGGAGAUUUAGAGCCCAUCAAAGAGCCAUUCCAAAAUUGUAUCAACAAACUACUGAGCAUUUGCGAUCCUCACGGAGUGGCCUUAAACUAUAGAGCCUUACCAGCAGCAAAGCGUGAAAUAUUCAAAAACAUGAGCGAUACAUACAACAAGUUCCAUAGAUUUACUGGAAAAAUUUGAUCUGUCAAAUACAAACCAUUACUUCCUGUUGAAUACUUGUAGUCUUAAGUUUUACUGUAUUGAAUAAAAUGAUGAUAAAUUUUA